AUGAACUUUUCUAAAGACGAGAAACAGCCCGUUGCGGACGUGGAGCAGCGCGAAUCCAUCAAUCAGGAUUUCCCUCAAAAUGAUCUCCAAAAACCAGGAGGAGACUAUUCUGGUGCAGUUGCCAAGUCUGAUCCAGCUGAACUCAAGUUGGUGAGGAAACUGGACAUGUGGAUCAUGCCUAUUUUGUGGCUCAUGUACUGGCUCAAUUAUCUGGACCGCAACGCCAUCACUCUCGCAGUUUUGAACAACUUCAAAGAAGACUUGGGUCUCAAGGGGACCCAAUAUAACACGGGUGUUUCUAUCCUUUUUGUUGGAUAUAUUCUCGGCCAGAUUCCUAGUAACAUGCUCAUUACUCGUAUACGGCCCAGUUUGUAUAUGGGUAUCUGCAUGAUGGGGUGGGCAGUGGUCAGUGCACUGACAGCCAUUGCCAAAAACUACACGGGCCUUAUUCUUACUCGCUUCUUUCUCGGUUUGACAGAGUCGCCUUACUACCCAGGUGCGUUAUAUAUUCUCUCUAUCUUCUACACGAGGAAGGAGAUUGCUACACGUAUCAGCGUGCUUUAUUCUGGAAACAUUCUUGCAUCUGCAUUUGCUGGCCUGAUUGCUGCUGGAGUAUUCAAGCUUGACGGUAAGCAUGGAAUCAGCGGCUGGCAGUGGCUUUUCAUCAUCCAAGGUAUCGUAACCUUCUUUAUUGCUCUUGCUGCUUGCUAUAUUCUUCCGGAUGAGCCCCUUACAACAAGGUGGCUUACACCGGAGGAGCGUCAGCUUGCCCAUGACCGUGUCAGCCGGGAUACGGUUGGCCAGACCAAUGAUGGUUCAGCCUGGAAAGGCCUUAAGGAGGCUGCAAAGGAUCCAAAGGUGUGGGUCUUUGUUUACAUGCAACAUCUUCACAUUGCUACAAAUGGGUUCAAGAACUUUUUCCCUACCAUUGUCAAAACACUUGGUUUCAAUACCACUAUCACGCUUGUUCUUACUUGCCCACCCUACCUGAUCGCGGGUAUCAUUUCGAUUGCUUGGGCAGCAUCAUCGGGCCACUUCAAUGAACGUACAUGGCACAUUACCAUUGCUAAGGCUGUGGCAAUUUUUGGGUUCGUUCUUGGCUGCGCUACGAUGAACGUCGGUGCUCGUUAUUUUGCCAUGUGCGUUUUCACUAUUGGAACGUACGGCGUGAACUCAAUCAUCCUGGGCUGGGUGAGCAGCACAUGCGGUCAGACAAAGGAGAAGAAGGCUUCGGCGCUCGCCAUCGCCAAUGUGAGCGCCACUCUGAGUUUGAUUUGGACUCCGUAUCUUUGGCCAUCCUGGACUGAACCCCGGUUUGUCCUUCCUAUGGCAACGAGCGCCGGAAUGGCAUUGGCGUGUGUAUUUGGUGCCUGGGUAAUGAGGUUUAUGCUGGUCAGAGAGAACAGAAAGAUCAGGCAGUCAGACUCCGAGGCUACCCUGUACUAUGCGUAUUAA